GAAAGGGUGGGGUCAGGGUUCAAACGAGAGGCUCCCAUCGGGGCUCCCUUUCUGUUAUCAAAUUUGUUGAGAGACAAAAAGAACUAUAGUUUGGUUCUCCGGGCCGUCUUGAGGGAGAGGAGAGGCAUUAUAGGACAGCAUUCCUUGUAUCAGACCAUCAGUUCUUCCACAGGGCGGCAGAUAAAGUCCCCGUCUUGACUUUGCUCCACACACAGCUCCCUGCUCCUGCACUGAUUGCUGCUCACUCAGCAUUUAAACCCUUUCACCAAGGAGCUCUGAAACUAAAAAUGGAGUCUGCUACAACUGUAGAGCCAUCAGUGCUAUCAAAUCAGUCAUCAGAGAGUUGUGCAGCAGUAGAGACUACAACAGAGAACCAGCUAUUUGCCUGGUUCUACAUUGUGGUCUUUGUUCUGGCCCUCUGUGGUAAUAGUCUGGCCCUCUGGAUUUUCUCUCAUCAGCGUGGAGUUUUCUCUCCUGCUAAUGUUUUCUUGGUUCAUCUGGCUGUAGCAGACCUAUCUUACGUGAUCAUCCUCCCUCUCAGAGCGAUCUACCACUUCACUGGGGGCCACUGGCCACUGGGUGAGGUUCCCUGCAGAGUGGUGGGCUUUUUGUUUUAUGUCAACAUGUAUGCCAGCCUGUACUUCCUGGCUUGUGUGGCGGGGGACCGCUACCUGGCUGUGGUUCACGCUGUGAGGUCAAUGAAGCUUCGCCAAGGUCGCUAUGCUCACAUCAUCAGCUUCUCUUUAUGGGUCUUGGUGACUGUCUCAAUGGCACCCCUGCUGGUCACCCAUCAGACAGCACAGGUGGGCAACACAACCGUGUGCUUGCAGCUGUAUCGAGAGAAGGCUUCCCGCAAGGCGCUGGUCUCUCUGGCCGUCGCCUUCACGCCACCUUUCCUUGCCACCUUGUCCUGCUACUUCCUCAUCAUCCACAGCCUGCAUUGGGGCUCUAGGCUGGAGCCUGCCCUCAAGCUGAGGGCUCUGCGUACCAUCGGUGCUGUCAUGCUCAUCUAUGUGGUCUGCUUUCUGCCUUAUCAUUUGAGCAGAGCCACCUUCAUCCUUGGUUACGGCCACCCAGACGUAUCCUGCCAAACACGGAGAGCCCUGAGCAUGGCCAAUCGCCUCACCUCCUCCCUCACCUGCCUGAACGGCGCCAUGGACCCGCUCGUCUACCUGUUCGGGGCAGAGAAGUUCCGCAGCACCCUAAAGCGAUUGUUCUGUGAAGAUAAGGCGGGGAUGAGUGGGGCCACCAGUGGAGACCUAAAGGGCACACAUGAGAGCUCUCUGAGUGCUAAGUCUGAGUUCUGAGGAAGAAGAAAAAGACCAAGAAGACUGUAAUUAAAACAGCUUUGUUCUGACCUUCAUGUACCUUAGCCUGAAUGAAAGAAUGAAUGGAGCUUGAAUUAAAGUCCAACAUGCAGUGUUCACUCUGCAUCAGAUCUAAUAAACCCUUCACAAAACUAUCCCCUUAAAGCAAAGUUUAAUUGAAAGGACACGGAAAGAACAACUUGUUUAAAAAGGGGGACAAAUAAAAGGGAGUUGUUAAUUUAUAAAGGGUCUAACCAUCUGUCAUUCCAGUGUCUGUUUCAGUCAAAUUUAGGGAGGAUUUAUGGCUUAAACUAAGUCAGUGAGAUGGGGGACUGGAGGACAAAACACAACGGGACACCGAGGACAUUUCUCCUAUUUUUAAAAUGAGUAAAAGUUUCCGCUUUUUCCACAGCUUUGCAUAGAAACCUAUCACAAGAUGCUGUACUUUCUAUGAGUAAAUAUAACCUUGUCUGUCUCUUUGUUUUGAGUUCUGUUAGUUGUGUUAUUUUCCAUAUUUGGAAAACGAGGGGAAUAGCAAAGUUAUUAGCUAACAUCAUUGAUAACAAUCUCUCUUCGACAGCUAGUUCUUCACAGUAAAUGUGUUGAUUGUGAUGAUUACUGAUUUUAAAUGUCAAAACUCUUGAAAAGAGUCUCCCAGGCUUGUUCAAAUGUGUACAUACGCAAUGUUUAAUGUUUAUUGCCAGUAAGCAAAAUGAAGCAACCACUUAUUAUUUUAAGCAGUCUGGUUUAAGGUGUUUUUAGCUUUCCAAACAGCAUUAAUUCAAACUGGAAAACAUGAUCAAACUGUGAAAAUUUUGAGGUUUCUGACAUUUUUUCCAAACUUUUAAGUGAAAAUAUUUUAGUUUGUGACCAAAUAUUUAGAGUUUCAACCACGUCUGUAGUCCAUAAUGAUCUAAAUGUAUUUGUUGUGUACUGUUUGUAAUCACGUGCCACCAAUCAGAACCAGUUCAUGGUUGCAUUAAGCCUUAAGCAGAAUUUUAUGCAGGGGACCACUUCCAGCCAAACCCAUCACAGUUAUUACACCAUCAGGAGAGUCAUUGCUUACAAGCAACCAUGGGGAAGAAAGGGUUAACUUGUUGAUCUAUAAAAUACAGGUCUUGCUCAGACACUAACAGCAGAAACAAAGAAAGUAGCAUUAAAAUAUGACUUUGUUAAAGUAACUAAAAUUAUAAGAAUGUUUGUUACUAUCUAUGCAAGCAGGGUUGGUCAACCUACCCUGUGUGAAUUUAUCUUGUGGGACCCCAGGCCAGUACCAGCCCCUAAGUAGUCACAAAGUUUGAUUAUCCCUCUGGCCAACUCUAUCACCAGCUAGUGAUGAUGCAGUUAGAGUAGCUAAAAUCUAAGUUUACUGCUUAUUCUAAAGUAUCCACAUGCAGAGAGUGGAGAGUUGUUGCAACUACUGCAAGACAUCUACAGUAGGUUUACAUGAAAAAUUACUAUUGUACAUUUUGUAUAUUCUUUGGUUUUUGCUUAGCAUUUUCCAAUAUUUCACAACACAAGAAAAUAUCAGCGUACAUGUAAUUUGUUUGAGACAAAUUUGACACUUUAUCUCUGUUCUUAACUUGCAUGAUUUUUUAUACUCAUAAAAACUCUAAAUGAAAA